AACCCUGAGCAUAGUGUACAGUGCUAGAAUUGCUCAGAGAUAGAGACAGAGCUGGCAAAAAUUUGAUUAUCACAGACCAUUUAAAAAACCAGCCACAGUUUACCGAAGAUUGACAUUCUACUUUUUCGGCAGGUAAAAGAUGCCAGUGAUUAAUAUUGAGGAUCUGACAGAAAAGGACAAAUUGAAGAUGGAAGUGGACCAGCUCAAGAAAGAAGUAACCUUGGAAAGGAUGAUGGUAUCCAAAUGCUGUGAAGAAGUAAGGGAUUACAUUGAAGAGAGAUCUGGAGAGGAUCCACUAGUAAAGGGUAUCCCUGAGGAUAAGAAUCCUUUCAAGGAACUCAAAGGAGGCUGUGUGAUUUCAUAAAGAAAAAACAAAAAAGAAAAAUCUUGGAGAUAUGUACAAUUUUAAUGACAAUGCAAUUUUUCUUAUAUAUAAUUAAGCAUGUACAUGAAUGUUUAAACUUAUAAAUGGGAACUUGUACUAAAAACUGGGACAUAAUGAAAUAUAAGUGUGUUUUCUGACAGUAUUUAGCACAAGUUUUAACACAUAGCUGAAAAUAAAUAUUGAUGAACCCUUCUUUAAAGACUUA